UACUUCUGUUGGCCCAUCGAGGAUCGUCUUUCACCAGGAUUACUGUGACAUCGUCUUCACGGAGCCUUCUACCCCAUAGCCUCUCUGCGUUGGGUCUUAAUUUCCACCCGUGAAGUUUCCCGAUGCUUUCCUUAGCAAUGUGACAUCGCCUCUUGUCCACCUUCCUCCUUGGCAGUUGCCAAAUCCAUUAGGUAUAAGUCGCCUUACAGUUCAGAGUUUUCUGCCUGUGUCCACUUUCACCUUGGUGGCACCGCUCGCUUCUGUCCGGCUCACCUUGCCUUGCCUGCCUGUGAUUUCCACAAGCACUCAUUUGCGCAACAUGUAGCAGCCCUUGCCCAGAGAGACCGCAUUCCACUCAAUCCAGCUUGACAAAGAUCCCAUAGUCAGCGGGUGAGCUUUCCCAUUUUAUUUUCCUGUGUGUCAAGCUUGCAAGUCCUCUCUUGACUUAAACUAUUUAUUCCCUAGCACAUUUCCCAAACUACUUCCCUGAGUCCUAGUGGCUUGAUCAAAGAACCUUACCUGCAAUGAUGGCCAGAAUUGAGCGUGCAAUAGUACUGUUUCGGAGAUCUUGCUAGUAGAGUGUUGAUUCAAAUCCUAACCUCCAGUGAGGUUGCAGUUCGUGAAAAGACCUUUAAGUAAGGAGGAAGAAAGAAGAUAAGGUUAAUUAGAGAUAGGGUUUAUUGUAGGAACUUUGUAAGUUUUAAAACAGCACGACAUGGAAGGAUUCAUGUCGACCUUGUCUGGAAAUUGCCCAUCACCCUAUCCAUCUAGGUCCUAGGAGUGAGAGGAAGAAAGUCUUAAGACCUCUUUUUCUAUUCCCUUUGUGUUCAAAUCUAAGUUGUUAAUUAUCUUGUAACUGUCUAAAACAUUAUACACUUAAAAUGUUGGGGAAACGUAAGCGCGUGGUGUUGACAAUUAAGGAGAAGCUUGACAUUAUUAAGAAACUCGAGGAAGGCAUCUCUUUCAAAAAACUCUCUGUGGUGUAUGGAAUUGGUGAAUCCACCGUUCGUGAUAUUAAAAAGAACAAAGAAAGGAUUAUAAACUAUGCAAACAGUUCAGAUCCUACUAGUGGGGUAUCCAAACGUAAAUCUAUGAAGUCAUCAACAUAUGAGGAACUGGAUAGAGUGAUGAUAGAGUGGUUUAACCAACAGAAAACAAAUGGGAUUCCAGUGUCUGGAACAAUUUGUGCAAAACAAGCCAAGUUCUUUUUUGAUGCUUUGGGGAUGGAAGGCGAUUUUAAUGCAUCAUCUGGCUGGCUAACUCGAUUUAAGCGGCGCCAUGGUAUUCCAAAGGCUGCUGGUAAAGGAACAAAGUUAAAAGGAGAUGAAACUGCUGCCAGUGAAUUUUGUGGGAACUUUCAGGAAUUUGUUGAGAGAGAGAAUCUACAACCAGAGCAAAUUUAUGGUGCUGAUCAAACUGGAUUGUUCUGGAAAUGUCUACCAUCAAGGACAUUAGCUCUUGAAACUGAGCAAAGUACUUCAGGGUAUAAGUCAAGCAGAGAGAGAAUCAUUAUUAUGUGCUGUGCAAAUGCCACAGGUUUGCACAAACUUAAUCUUUGUGUUGUGGGGAAGGCAAAAAAACCCCGUGCAUUCAAAGAAACUGACCUUUCAAACCUUCCUGUCACUUAUUUCAGUCAAAAAAGUGCAUGGAUAGAACAAUCUGUUUUCAGACAGUGGUUUGAAAAAUACUUUGUGCCACAGGUACAGAAGCAUUUGAAAUCCAAGGGGCUUCUAGAAAAAGCAGUGCUGCUUUUAGAUUUCCCACCAGUACAUCCAAAUGAAGAAUUGCUGAGUUCAGAUGAUGGCAGAAUAAUUGUGAAAUAUUUGCCACCAAAUGUCACAAGUUUAAUUCAACCUAUGAGCCAGGGAGUUCUAGCCACUGUAAAAAGAUACUACCGAGCAGGACUUCUCCAGAAAUACAUGGAUGAAGGAAUAGACCCAAAAAUGUUUUGGAAGAACUUGACAGUGUUGGAUGCAGUUUAUGAAGUAUCAAGAGCUUGGAACAUGGUAAAAUCCAGUACCAUAACCAAAGCUUGGAAAAAACUUUUCCCUGGCAUUGAAGAGAAUUCAGGCAUGAACAUUGAUGAAGGAGCCAUUUUAGCAGCUAACUUAGCAACAGUUUUACAGAAUACAGAAGAAUGUGAACACGUUGACAUUGAGAAUAUUGAUCAGUGGUUUGACUCUCGAAGUAAUGACUCAAGCUGUCAGGUGCUGCCAGACAAUGAGAAUGCUGGGGGCCAGGCCAAGGCUGCUGAGCAAAAGCCUUCCAAUAAGACUAGAAAAACAGAACUGAAUCCAGAGAAGCAUAUUAGCCAUAAAGCUGCACUUGAAUGGACUGAAAAUUUACUGGAUUAUCUAGAACAACAAGAUGACAUGCUUUUGUCAGAUAAAUUGGUAUUAAGGAGGCUUCGGACCAUAAUAAGAAGAAAACAGAAGAUCCAAAGUUACAAAAGUCAUUGAUAGGGCUCCUAAGUGUUUCAGUGUAUUUGCAUCUUUGUGAUUGUAUCUGCAGUGAAACUUAAUUGAAGUCCUAUGGAUUCCAAGGCCAAAUACAUUUUAUAAAUGAUUUUAGGAUUAGAUGCCAUUUUGGAUUACUUAAAUUACAGCUCUUUAAUGUUCACUCUAGUCAUUGAGCAUUGACAUGUAAUUGGUCUGUCUUGUGUUUCUAAUCUGUAUUAUACUAAUUAGAUCAUAAGGUACCUGAAGUCAGGGAUCUUGUGUCUGUUUUGUGCCUGAAUUUUAAUAUGUCUAAUAAAGGGCCAUGUGCACUAUAGGCACUCAAUAAAUCUUACUUAAAUUGAAUUUUUAUGACUUUCUCUU